CCGGAACCAGGAAGAGUGCAGCUUGUUGUGAGUUGUCGCUGUGGCUUUUGCUGCUGCUGGUUUCUGAUUCCUCCUGGCUCAAAUGGCGAGCUCCACGGGUCCGGCUCGGGCCGGGCCGGGACUCUGGUCCUCGGUGCUGCUACUGCUGGUACUGACGGGGCUAUGUGGGCCAGUCAACGCCGUGUCCGAACCGGGGAAAUGGAUCCUGAACGUCGACAGUGAAACUCUGAAAACUCAGAAGUACUUCUACUUCACUAAAACUCUGUUCAACAGCAGCUUCAUCCAUCUCAGAUUGGAGAACUGUAACUCCUCAUCUCCUGUCCGUCUGAAUAUAUCCUGGUAUCUGAGGAACUCACACUGCUAUGAUGAGGUCUUCGGCAUGGAUCUGAAACAGGCGGAAAUUUAUUUCAAGUCGGCGGAGGUCAGACAAGGAGGAGGAAGUGGAUUCUACAUUUUGCACGAGUAUCCUAACAUCGACUGCCAACCACACAGCACUCCCCACUUGUUCGGCCUGCAGAUGAUGGACGUGAGGACACGGCUGACAGAACUGCUGCAGCAACCGGCAAUCACAGAGAAGACUUCAGGCAGGAGGAGGAGAGAUGUGGAGCCUCCAAAACCAAAGGCUGCUGCACAGGAGAAGGAAGGUGCUUCAGGGGAAAAAGGAAAAGCCACCCCUCCUAAAGAGGUGGUUCGUCACCCCCCCGUCGAUGCGGUGGCCCAGAGCUGGGAGGACGGACCAUACAUGUUCAUCCUGAACAUCAAAGAAAGCAAAGACAACAGCCAAGGCCCUGAGUCCGCUAACCCCCCCACAACCUGGAGUCUGCAGUUGCAGAUAAGCAUGAAGGGUCCACAUGACUACAUAUCAGCCUCUGAGUGGCCUCUGAUGGUGUUUUACAUGGUGAUGUGCAUCGUGUACGUGCUGCUGGCUGUGCUGUGGUUGGUUCUGUCGGCUUGUUACUGGAGGGAUCUUCUCAGGAUCCAGUUUUGGAUUGGAGGAGUCAUCUUCCUGGGCAUGUUGGAGAAAGCUGUUUACUACGCUGAAUUCCAGAGCAUCAGAUAUGACGGCUUGUCAGUGCACGGGGCAGUGGUGUUCGCUGAGGUGCUCUCUGCGGUGAAGAGGACUCUGGCCAGGGUACUGGUGAUCAUUGCCAGUCUGGGAUACGGCAUCGUCAAGCCCAGGCUCGGUGCCUUGCUUCACAGAGUGGUCGGAGUGGGUCUGCUCUACCUGAUGUUCUCCAUCAUCGAGGGAAUAUUACGAGUCAACGCUGAUCGAGGAGACAACACCAGCAGUAGAGUUUUGUGUGACAUAGUGCUGGCCUUCACUGACGCCUGUAUUGUCUGGUGGAUCUUUGUGAGUCUGGCUCAGACCAUGAAGCUGCUGCGGCUGAGGAGGAAUGUGGUGAAGCUCUCUCUCUACAGGCACUUCACCAACACACUCAUCUUCGCCGUCAUCGCAUCGGUCAUCUUCAUCAUCUGGACAACCAAGACCUUCAAGUUGUCUAAAUGUCUGUCUGACUGGAGGGAGCUGUGGAUAGAUGACGCGUUCUGGCGCUUCUUGUUUUCCAUCAUCCUAUUGGUCAUCAUGUUCCUAUGGCGACCGUCAGCCAAUAACCAGAGGUAUGCCUUCAGUCCUCUGGUGGAUGAAGAGAGUGAGGAAGAGGAGAAGGAGCCCAUGAUGAACGAGGCUUUCGAGGGGAUGAAGAUGAGGGGCAUGAAGAACGAGACCAACGGCUCAGCCAAAGCCAACAAAGUGGAUGAGGAUCUGAAGUGGGUCGAAGAGAACAUCCCGUCGUCUAUGGCAGAUGUCGCCCUGCCCCCCCUGCUGGACUCUGAUGAGGAAACCAUGACAACCAAGUUUGAGAUGUCCAAGAUGGAGUGAAGCAGUAGAGGAAAGACGGACGAACGGAGGGAACACGGAGUGGCGGGAGUGUUUGAAAGACACGAGAAAUAAUACAGAUGAAUAUCGGUGUACAAGGUGGAGUAAAGGAAAAGGAUGGCUGAUUAAAUACACAUGUGAGGGGGGGGGUGGACGAACUGAUGGGUGAAAGAGGGAACGCAGAGAAGAACGAGUGUUUGCUUUACGGAGGCGGCGGUGUCGGUAUGUGAUUUAAUCCCUGAAUUUAUGAGCUUUGUAAGCCUUGAUUGUACAUACACUGGGAGUAAAAUGGAUCACAGCGACACACAGUCCCUUUUUAUUUGUUCUUUUUAUUGCCUGUUUGUAUUUAUAUCUCUCUAUAUAUACAAUAUAUUUUGACAAAUCUGAUGUUAAUGAGGCUCUCUGCCUUCUCAUCGUUUACAUGCAGAAAUGUGAUUUUCAAAUCCUGUGUCGUCAGACGUGUGUUCACUGUUUGCCGUAUCACUAGCUCCUCCUGUCACUGCUGUUGGGAUUUGGUUUUGUUUUUUUUUUACAUUGACAGUUUCAUAGAGAGUAAAAACCAAAGCUGUAAAUCAGAGAGAAAAAAAACAUGGACGUUAAUGAAUAUAUGAAGUUUUUUUUCUAAUUCUUACAUUUUUGGACUUGAGGUUCGUCAUUGACAGGAAUUAGUAUUGUUCCAGCUUUGGUUCCAGUGAAAUUUAGGCCAUUAAAUUGUUCACAUUCAAUUUCUCUUUUUAAAACUUGCUGUUAUUUUGUAUGUUUUGGCUUUGGAGUGAAAAUGAUUUGAUUUGUUUUGUUCCUCUUUGUGUCUGUGUAAAGGAAAUAUGGCAGAUUUUUUGCAACAAAAAGCCAGAAAGGACAAAUGUACUGCAUCUGAAAAAUUUCAUCCACUUUAAUGAAAUUCUGGUUUUAUUGUUAGCGCUGGCUAACGGCAACCGUUGCACAAAGUGAGUUUUACCUUAUGUCACUUUACAUCCUCCUUGUUGACGUAGUGCGAUCAGGUGACCUCUGUGGUCUCCGCAGUGUUUUAGUAAGUUGUUUGCAGAACCAUGUUGAAGCAUAAAACAGGCUGACAGUCAGUCAGUGGACAACAUCAGACCGACAGCUCAGCCUGUUGAACUGUUUGCUGAGGCAGAGAACUCUGAUUGGCUGUUCUACAGAGACAUCGAAUGAAGGAUUUCACCAGUUCAGCACAGCUUCUCUUUAUUUUCACGUUUGCCUUGCCUCUUUCUUUUCUUUCUUCAUUGUGCUACAGUAGCUGAGUGGCUCUAAGGAUAGCAGUGUCAGCUGGUCAGUCAAGGCUCAACAACUGGAUGGAUUGCCAUUAAACUCUCUAUAGACAUUCAUAUUCCCUAAAGGGGAGCUCACCUACUGACUUGUAUGGUGGCCCUGAGAGCUCAACACACUGCAUCUUAAGAAAACACAUGCAAAGAGACAAAACACAAAGGACUUUGUGAGCCACGCUUUGCCCCCUCAUCACUUUCUAGUGUCCCCCUGGAAACACUUCCACUGUGUUCAGUAUUUGCAGCUCAUGUGUUGUCAAACUGAAGAAGAUGUUUUCUGACGUUCUUUGUGUUUCAUCUAUUUGCAUGAGUUUUCUUAAGUUGCAGUGUUUGAGCUCUCUGGGCCACCGUAGACUUGUACUCCAGCGCCAGCAGCAAGUUGCUGUCGGCUUUUAUGGAAAUACAUUGAUGACUAUUGCCUGGAUUUCCAUGUGCCUUGGUGGAGAUGUCCGUGGUGCCCUGUGGGUGAACACUCAUCCCCCGUUUCCUCUAGCACCACCAUGAGAUUAACACGUGUGGAUUUAAGAACAACAAUUUGGAUGGAUUACUGUUAAAGAUUUAAUGUAACUUUUCAUCUACCAGCGUCAUCGAGUCUAAGUUUUAAUAUGUCCGAAGCUUUGGUUUUGACCCAAACACCUGUAGAACUAGUGACAUUCCCAUCAGCCUCAGCUGUAGUUUAGUAUCGAGAAGCAAAUGUUAAAAUGUUAACAGGCUAAACUAAAGAUGUGUUAGCACUUAAGUACAGCCUCUCAAAGCUGCUAGCAUGGCUUUACGCUCUUAGGCUUGCUGGAUUAAGAACACACACUACAAACCAGUUACUGUAUCUCCUCUCACACACAGGCGCCUGUUGGCAUCAGCUGUAGUACACGUACGUGAGGCAGAAGUGUUUGAUUGGUCAGUCUCUUGUCAGCUAAAGCUCUUUUACAGGAGUUUAAUGUGUCGGGUCGUAAAGACGGAACACACACAUGUGGCUCAAGUAGAGCUGGAGACUGAGUUUCAUUGUGUGUGUCUUUCUCUGUCUCUGUCACUUUACUUCAUUGUCUUUAUUUGCUUGAUGGCCACUUACAGUAUCUGUUUACACACACGCACACACACAUGCACGCGCCGCCCCGUGUGUGUGUGUAUGUGUGUGUGUUAAUGUUGACAGUGACUUGUCUGAAUGGACUAAACGCUCCAUACAUCAUCCUGUUCAGCCGCAGGGAGGUUCUGCCUCGGUGCUGUCUGAUCCUGCAGGCCUGCAGCGGUCCGCUCGCGCUCAUCAGGAACAUCAGAUAAAAGGUUUCUGUUUUUAGUUUUUUGUCUCUCAGAAAAGGUUUGAGGCGAGAAAUCAAUGAUUUCAUAAUAAUCUGAGUUCUUUAAUACUGAAUAUCUGCAGAUACUGAGUCAGAUUCUGUAUUUUUUUUAUAUUUUGUUUUAUUUUCUUAAAUAAAAACAGCUGCACUCAUGAAGUAAAGCAGUACAGCAGAACUGGAGAAGCACAUUCACUUUAGGGAAGACAUUUUUGACAGCCAGCAUUGUUUCUAUAAAUCCAGUGCGUAGGAUUACAGAGCCAUUACAAGUGGAAAAACGAUUCACUUGCUCACAGACUGUGCUAUAAAUUGUAAUGCAAGUGUCAGGCUUUGAGAAUUAGUUGUUUUUUUUUUUUACUAUUCAAAACUGAUUACAUCCAAAUCUCUGCCACAGUGUGAGAGCAGGAACAGUAUUUGCUCAUGGGACUGUUAAAAACCAAACAUCUCUGAACAACUGAACAACUGUCCAGCUCUAGUCUGAGAGGAGACGCAGGAAUCCCUCCGGCUAAUUAGUCAUUGAAAAGCCUUUGUAAUUACUUUUGCUGUUAAUCAAUUUGAAAGACGCGAUGUGAGGUUUCAUGUUGGAAAGGGGUCUCUUCAGUGAAAUGUGCUCCAGUUUUGUGGUUUCACAUCUCACCGCUGCCAUCUGUCUGUUGUUGUCCAAAUGUUGACAUUAAAAAAAAACUGAGAUUACAUAAAGUCCUGUGCUGUUUGGUUUGUAAAUAAAUCAGAAGUUAAUAAUAAAAAUCUUGUAAAGUAAUAGAAAAUAAAUGGGUCUGGGUGUUUUGACGUGCCCUUUGUGUGUUGUCCAGGAUACACCACAGACGCAGCUCUCCAGAAAAGCUGCAGUUUUAUCUCAGUCUGUUAUUGGAUUGGCCCUUAUCAGCUCCCACACCUCGACCUCCUGCCUGUACGGCCCGUUUCAGACCAAGUGCUCAACGGUGAAGAGCUGCUCGCAGUAGAAACGCAAUGUAAUCAUACAAAGCAGCCGGGCUGCUACAGACUUCAUGUAAAUAAAGUACUUUCUCUUACUCCGCAUACAGAACUGUCAUGUCUGACAUAUAUGUUGCUAUAUCAAGAGAGAAGUUGCCCUAUAUGUCACCUAUCAGGGGAUAUAUUAUCAUCACAUAUAUAUAUAUAUAUAUAUAUAUAUAUAUAUAUAUAUAUAUAUAUAUAUCCUCUGGAUAUAUGAAGAUAUACGUAUAACAUGAAAUACCCAUAGUAAAAUGCUAGUUUAUCUAAACAACAUACUUAUUAAAAAUCUACAUAUUUAUAUAUGAUUAUUUCAUUAAUCUUAUACUUCAAUACAUAAUAUCAACAUAUAUUGACAGGCUUUGGGAUGAAUAUUAUGUAACCUCUACAAGCAUGCAUAAACAUACAUGUUUCUAUUAGCUAGAUGUAUAUGUGUCAAUAUGUGAAGUUUUUCCAAUUUCUAACAGGUUCCAUAUGUAUUUUUUACACACACACACACACACACACAUAUAUAUAUAUAUAUAUAUAUAUAUAUAUAUAUAUAUACAUACAUAUAUCAAUAUUGUGCAGUGUAAUGAACCUUGCUGCCUCUAGGGGACACUAGUAGGGCUGAGAAGUAUUCAUUAUAAAGUGCCCACUUCUAAUGACACUACUGAACUACCUGUGCACAUGCAGUGUGCACCAUCCAGUGUUAUUCUGUUCUGCAUCUCAUCCUAACGUCAUCUCUGUGCUUAAAAUGUCUUUAAACUUGACCCCAAAUCCUCCAUCUGCAGACUUUAAUGUCAUCUGAGGAUAGCAGCUGCAGCCUAAAUGUCAGUCUACUUUACUAAACUCCUCACAUAUUCAAAUCUGCUAAUGUUAUUUCAUCUAAUCAUAGAGACAGAAGCCUCUGAGCCAGCAUGUGUAGGUGUACUCUAUAUUUAGCAGCUGGUGCCUUUACGUUAUAAUCCUGACAUGUAAUCCAUCUGUUCCUCCUCUUUCCAUGUCUUUGACCUCAACUGCAACCCAAUGAAAGACAAACCUAAAGAUGACUAACGGCUCUUAUAUUCUCAUUAUCAGCUGUUUCCAGUGUAAUGCAGAAGCUCCAGGUUGUUGUAGGUAUCACUGCUGUUCAUUUACACUCGUCAGACCUGAUGUGAUUAUCCCUCUUUGUGCAUUAAAACAUCUUUAAAUGACAAA